AUGGCUAGCACGCCCAAGUGCGGCGCGCACACACCUACGGAUUUGCUGUUUACAUACACCUUACUAAGAAAGACGGGCCCCCAGUGGGAUAUGCAAGGCAAUAAUGGCGUCUUGGAUAAUGGAGGGGGGCGGGCAAACUCUGGGCAGCAAAACGGAAGACGGAGGUCUCCGAUGGGGGCGGCAGCAGGUUUGAGUGGAAAAAUACCAUCCUACCAUGUUCACGCAGGGGGAUCUUUGAGAGUCGAUGAUGAGUUUCAGGCCUCGCCCUCUCUUACAGACAAUGUCACUGCUGUCUACUGGUGGUGGGCGAGAUUGUUGAUUGUUGCCGCUGGACCACCGGCUGAUCGUUCCGACAAUGCCAUAAUUACCUAG